GGGUUAAAAAAUGAAAAAUUGGAGGAAUAUAAGAAAAAAUGUAAUUCAGUAGUUCAAGAGUUUCAAAAAAGAAUGGAUAAUUAUGAACUCACGAAUGCUUUUUCCCAAAUUCAAACUUUGCUGGAUGAAAGCAACAAAUUAAUUUCUGAUUUAGUCCCCUGA